CCUAGCUAGUUUCAACUUUUGAUCCCCAUAAAUUGGUGCCAUGGCGAGUCAGGAAAUCUUUGAAAUAGGCGAAAUUUCGGAAGCGCAAGAAGAUAAAUGCUUGAUCUAUGAUAUUGUCGAUGGCAUAUUUCAGCGUUACGAGGAAUCUGAAUCGCAGCCUGAGGCGCAAUGCAUGUCAGGCCUGGACAUUAGCCAUGUGGACAAGCGUUUGCUCUACUGGAAGGAUAUGAUUCAGAAGCGCCGAGCGCUGCAGCGAAGACUAUGCCUGGCCACGGGCAGGCAGCCAGAGGAGCUGCUCUUCAAUCUGGACAAUCGCGAGGAGCAGACUUUCAAGCGUAUUCUGGAUCACACCUCGCGUAAAGAUAUCUUGGUGUCCAAUGAAUCGCUAGAUUAUGUGGAAAUUGUUGGUCUACCAAAACGGAUUAGUGAGGAGAUGGAUUGUCCGGGCCCUAAGCGAAACUCGUGGGGCGAGUCGCAAAUGCUUGCGACGUGUCUACAGCUAGAGAAAACAGGCAUUAGAAAUGUUCUCGAGUUCUGUCCGAAGGUCGAUCAACUUAUGUUGGUCGGCCGGAAUCUGUGGCGUAGGCAGCCCUGUAUGAGAACAUCGGGUCAUACGAUAUCGAGUAUUACGCCAAGCGAAGUACUCGAAAGGCCAGCCGAAAAGUUAGCAGCGGCUACUUCGAAAACCAGAAUUCUGCAAGCCGCCGCCUCGGAGCUGGCGGUGAGCUUCAAUGGCACCACGUAUCGGCGCCAUCGGCCGGAAUUUUCGCCCAUUGUGGAGCGUAAGUUCGUGAGCAAUCCGUACGAGUACUCCUAUCGCACCAUAAUACGCAUCGAGAACAACGGCCGUGAGUUGAUCAACUUUAGGUGGAGCUGCGCCGAGUCGUUUGCCUACAAUCGAUCGCUUUUCAGCAAGCCGGACGAUGUGUUCGUCUUCGACAAGGAGCCGUUUCCCCUCCGGCCGGGUGGGGUGCGCGAAGUAUCGGUGCUCUUCCGUCCGCGCAAGGUGGGCAUCGUUAAGCAGCGAUGGUUGCUCAAGACAAGUCCUCGCAUAUUCUUCCGCUGCCCCUAUGCUCUGACCCUCAACAUGCAUGGCAAGUGCACGCCCCCGCAGGAGUACCUCCAGUUGCUGCGAGAGAGAAUGCUCCUGAAUCGAACGUAUGCGACGAAAAGAGUAGCGCGACCACAGGCGAUGCCCAAGCCGCUGCCGAUUCUCUGCCCGUAUGUCAGACAGCUGGAGGACAAUGAGGCCUUCAAUCAGCGCAACGUGGGCUUCCAUUGCGAGCGCGAGCAUGACAUGAGAGACUUGAAGAGGUUUUUCUAUUUGGUGAGGCCAGAGAACUGUGGCCUGGAAUGGGACUACAGUGUGAGCCUGCUAAUUGAGCUGGUCUGCAUCAAAGGGGACACGCAACAGCGCAUCAGCCUCUUUGAGCAGCUGCAGUCGCUCUUGGCGCCGCUGCGUGGCCGAACAACGCCGCUCAAGCUGAGCGAUUCGGUUCACAGGCUGAAGCAACGGCAGUGCACGAAAUUCAUCUUUGUGCGCGGCAUCAUCGCCAACGGCAUUGAGCUGUGGGAGCAACAGCUUUCCAUGUUUGUGCCGCAGAUAUGCACCAAGGGCAGCUGGGCACAAAAGAAAUCCCUUCGAGACGCCAUAUAUAUAUACACGUUCUAUAGACUGUGCAAUAUUGCCGAAAAUAUUGUCUCCGUCAUCGAGAGCACUGAGCAUGUCUAGUAGUAAAUGUAACUAAA